UAAAAUUAUCAAUCAGCAAAUAUUUAUGAUCACCUUCUCACAAUCAGAAUCCAUGUGAUAAUGAUCCGUACUAGAUCCUCAACCUCAUCCUUAACUCAGAUGGCACAAUCACGCGCCCACACGAUCCCAAGAGCCCUCCCUCACAAGAUCCAUCUCUCCCCAUCGAGGUUCUCUCCAAGGACCUCAUCAUCAACCAAUCAAAAGGCACAUGGGCAAGGAUCUACCUACCCCGCAAAGCAUUGGAUCAUAGCUUCAAGCUUCCCCUAUUGGUUUUCAUCCAUGGAGGUGGGUUCAUCUUCCACACUGUAGACUCAACCAUCUUCCAUGAUUUCUGCUUCAACAUGGCAAACGACGUUGGAGCUGUCGUUUUAUCCGUAGAGUACCGUCUCGCACCGGAACAUAGACUCCCCGCGGCGUAUGAAGAUACUGUAGAGGCGCUGCACUGGAUCAAAACAAACCAAUCUCAUGAUUGGCUCAUCAACCAUGUUGAUUAUUCUAAUGUUUUCUUAAUUGGUAGCAGCGCAGGAGCUAACAUUGCCUACAACGCGGGUCUACGAGUAGCUGCUGGAGAUGAUCAAAUUUCUAAUAUCACAGGGCUGAUAUUGGUACAACCAUAUUUUGGUGGGACCCAGAGGACUGGUUCAGAAUUGAAGCUGGCGAAUGAUCCUCAUUUGUCAUUGUGUAACACGGACAUGAUGUGGGUGUUGUCUCUGCCCGUUGGAGCUGACCGAGAUCACGAGUAUGCCAAUCCUACGGUGGAGGAUAGUCUUGUGAAAUUGGAAAAGAUCAAACGACUCGGAUGGCGGGUACUGGUGACCGGCUGUGACGGUGACCAACUUAUGGAUCGACAGGUGGGAUUGGUGAGGUUGAUGGAGAAGAAGGGUGUGAGAGUUGUGGGACAUUUCACGGAAGGAGAUUAUCAUGGAGUUCAAGAUAGGGAGCCCUUGAAAGCAAAGCAACUCUUUGGGGUGAUAAAAGAUUUUAUUGGUAAUCAAGAGUUUCAUAAUGGUCAGUCAGGAUUGAAAGAAGCAGGGUCUUUUUAGAUUGUUUUGUAUGUCUAUCUCCUUGCCUAGUCCUUUCUAAGUUGUUUUGUGCUUUGAUUUUUCUAAUUAUUAUUUGAUUGUAUGUUCUAAUGAACCCAGCCUUAUCAUCCUUCAAAAUCAUGUUAAUGGAUGUCACAAAUCAUGGAUUAUAAGCACACUUAACGGACCAUAGCCAACAUUCAUAUCAACGAUACUGUCAACGUUUUUAUGAAGAUGUAAUGUAUUCAGAUUUGAAUUUAAAUUACAGGU